AUGGCUGGCGCAGGGGCGCCGGACAGCCCGGACCCUCAAGGCGCUGGGACAUGCCCGGAGGAUGUCCCCUCCCUCAAGGAAAUAGAGCAGCUCCUGAACACUGGGCGGCCCUCUUGCAAUCACGUUGAUGAAGUAUGGCCUAAUCUCUUCUUAGGGGACCUAGUAACAGCAAACAAUAGAUUUGUUUUGUGGAAGAUGGGUGUGACCCAUGUUUUAAAUGCUGCCCAUGGCACAUCAUACAGCCACGGAGGCCAGGACUUUUAUGGAGCAACCAUUGAUUAUUAUGGUGUACCAGCCCAUGACCUGCCAAGCUUUGAUAUCAGCCAGUUCUUUUUCUCUGCUGCACAAUUUAUCCACAAUGCCUUGAACACACCAGGAGCCAAAAUAUUGGUACACUGUGCAGUUGGAGUAAGCAGAUCAGCUUCUCUAGUCCUAGCAUAUCUCAUGAUAAAUCACCACCUCCCGUUAGUUGAAGCCAUCAAGACAGUGAAGGAGCAUCGAUGGAUUUCACCCAACCGUGGUUUUCUGAAGCACCUGCAAAACCUGGAUGCUCAGCUACGGCAGAGGAAGGACUGGAACAAAGGAAGGACUGCUGAACAGGCAACCCCAUCUACAUUCACUUGA